AUGGAUACUCCUCGGUCAAACCAGACCCACACAGAUCUUACCAGUCGGACAACCUCUGUGGGGUCUGCUGGUGAGAGAAUGGACUAUCUCGAUCUCCCUGUUCGGGAACUCAAUGACAACGCCGACCUUCGAGAAUACACAACCGAGACACGCACCGGCGAAAUUAUCAAACCUGUCAAAUCCAACGCCACAGGAAAAUUGGAAGACUGGAAGUUGGUGACAUUCACUAUUGAUGAUCCCGAAAAUCCGAAGAACUGGUCGAAACUGUACAAAUGGUACUGCACUAUGGUCGUCUCUUUCACUUGCUUCGUGGUCGCAUUUUCCAGCAGUGUUAUCACGGCCGAUUUGACAGGACCCAUGGAGGCUUUCAAUGUCUCCCGAGAGGUCAGCUUUGUGGUUGUUACGGUAUUUGUUAUUGGCUUUGGAGUCGGUCCCAUGGUCUUCGCUCCGAUGUCUGAAAUGGUUGGACGACGUCCAGUUUACGGAAUUACAUUACUGAUUGCUGUGAUCUUCGUUAUCCCAUGUGCUGUUUCUAAAAAUAUUGGAACCUUGAUCGUCUGCCGUUUAAUCGAUGGCAUUGCUUUCAGUGCACCAAUGACUUUAGUCGGCGGCACCCUGUCUGAUUUGUGGAAAAAUGAAGAGCGAGGUGUCCCGAUGGCCGCUUUCAGUGCUGCACCCUUCCUCGGCCCUGCCAUCGGUCCUCUUGCUGGUGGAUUCCUUUCCGACAACUGUGGCUGGAGGUGGCUUUACUGGCUGCAGCUUAUUCUGUCCUUUGUCGCCUGGGUGCUGAUUACCUUCACCGUCCCCGAGACAUACGCGCCAAUCCUAUUGAAGAGAAGAGCCGCGAAGCUGCGCAAGACUGAGAAUGAUGACAAGUUUACCACUGAGGCUGAACUUGACCCUCGCCCUCUUGGACAGAAGCUGCGCAUUUUCCUCUUCCGUCCUUUCCAGCUACUUUUCCUGGAGCCGAUUGUCUUCUUCAUUGCUAUGUACAUGUCGGUUCUCUACGGUCUUCUCUACAUGUUCUUCGUCGCAUACCCCGUCGUCUAUCAGAGCGGUAAAGGUUGGAGUGCCUCGAUGACGGGCCUGAUGUUCAUUCCCAUGGCAGUUGGUGUCCUGUUCAGUGCCGCCUGUGCACCUUUGGUCAACAAGAACUACCUCAAGAUCGCGGCACAAUACAACGGCAAGCCCCCAGCAGAAAAGCGUCUGAUUCCAAUGAUGUAUUCUUGCUGGCUUAUUCCUAUUGGCCUCUUUAUCUUUGCCUGGACUUCAUACCCUCGCCUCCACUGGGCUGGGCCAUGCCUUGCAGGGUUGCCGGUUGGGUUCGGGUUCAUUUUCCUAUACAACUCGGCAAACAACUAUAUUGUUGAUACUUACCAGCACCAAGCCGCAUCGGCUCUGGCAGCCAAGACUUUCCUUCGAUCUAUGUGGGGCGCCUCCACUGUCCUGUUCACCGAGCAGAUGUAUAACCGCCUGGGAUACGAGUGGGCAUCGUCUCUUCUCGCCUUCAUUGCUCUAGGAUGCUGUGCUAUCCCAUACGUCUUUUACUUCUACGGCGAGUCGAUCCGGAAGUUCUCUAAGUACGCCUUCAGCGACGACGAGGAGAAGGGUAUCAAGGCUUAA